CGCCUUUGAGCUCUUCCGCUGGAGUGGUUGCUAUAGGAACGAGGAAAGCCGAUCUGAGGAUUACAGCAGACAAUCGAAGCAGUUUGAUUUUCACUGCCUUGGUUAAUAAAAAGCAUUUGAAAAUAGCAAAACCGUCAUGUCCUCUGUUUCCCAGGAGCUGAAAGACACUUCAGUGGCCAGCUCCAAAUGGCUUGAUGCCCACUAUGACCCAGUCGCCAAUCUAUACACCUUUUCCUCUUGCAUUGCUCUUUCAGAUUUGCAUGGAGAUGGUGAGAAUAAGCUGGUGGUGGGUGAUCUUGGCACGGGAGUGUGUCACAUGAAGCUAAAGGUGUACCGUGGCACUGGCCUGUUGAGUGAGAGCACCCUGCUGGACUUGCCCACUGGACUGGUCUCCUUCCUCAUGGACCUGCAUGAGCCACGGACACCGGCCAUCGCUGUGGCCUCUGGUCCCUUCAUAUACGUCUACAAGAACCUGAGGCCCUACUUCAAGUUCACGCUGCCUAGUCUGGAGGUGAACCCUCUGGAGCAGGACGUCUGGAGUCAGGCCAGGGAGGACAUGAUUGAUCCAAUGACCCUUAAAGAGAUGUUAGAAGGAUUAAGGGACAAAGCUGAAAUUCCCCUCUCUGUCAGAUCGCUACGGUUCCUCAUGCUUGAGCCACAGGAAAUGAAGAGUUUUGUUCAUCUUUACAAAGAACAGCCUAUACGUAGACAGACGGUCAUUACCUGUAUAGGGACGUUGAAGAAGAACAUGGCAGAUGAGGAUGCGGUUAGCUGCCUAGUGAUUGGCACAGAGAACAGUGAUGUUUACAUAUUAGAUCCAGAAGCCUUUACCAUUCUCUAUAAGAUGUCACUGCCUAGUACAGCCACCCUAAUGGACGUGACGGGUCAGUUUGAUGUGGAAUUCCGUAUCACUGUGGCCUGUCGCAACGGCAAUAUCUACAUAUUACGCAGGGAUUCCCCAAAGCCCAAGUACUGCAUUGAGCUGUCCUCUCACCCAGUAGGACUGGUGAGGAUGGGAAAGAAUGUAGUUGUAGGAUGUACCGGUGAGACGCUGCAUGGUUACACUCAAAAGGGGAAAAAGCUGUGGACGGCUUAUUUGCCAGCCCCUGUUACCACCAUGGCACUGAUGGACCUCCCCACACGAGGAUUCCAGGCUGUACUGGUGGGUCUGGCCAACUGUGAAGUACACAUGUACAGAGACAAAAAUCUGAUCAGCACCAUCAAAACACCAGACGUAGUGACAAGCAUUUGUUUCGGGCGCUAUGGACGGGAAGACGGCACUCUGAUAAUGACCACCAAAGGAGGAGGUUUGAUUGUGAAGAUCCUCAAGAGGACGGCUGUGUUUGAUGACAGAGACUCGGCCCCUGGACCCCCAAUAGCCCAGAGCAUCCGCCUGAACGUGCCCAAGAAGACCAAGCUCUAUGUGGACCAGACUUUGAGAGAGCGUGAAAAUGCAGUUGCCAUGCACCGAGCUUUUCAGAUGGAUCUAAGCAGGCUGCGUCUAGCUGCAGCACGUGCUUAUGUCAAAGCCCUGGAGUCCAGCCUCGCGCCCAUGUCUGCGAGCCUGACCGAGCCUCUCAAGAUGAACGCAGUGGUUCAAGGGCUGGGCCCAUCCUUCAAGCUCACUCUGAACAUCCAGAACACUGCAGCGUCUCGUCCGGUCAUGAACCUGGCCAUCAGUUUUCUGUAUGAUGAAAGUUUGUACAGCAUGAGGACAGCCUUCUUCAAGAUUCCCCUGCUGGUUCCAGGCCUGAAUUACCCGAUUGACACUUUUGUGGAGUGCUUGAGUGACAAAGGCAUCUCUGACAUCAUCAAAGUGUUUGUGCUGAGAGAAGGAAAGAGUGCUCCUCUCCUCACCGCCCACAUCAACAUGCCUGUGAGUGAAGGACUUGCACUGAACUGAGAGCGAGUCGUGUCGUCUAGCUGAGCUUCACAGGCGUCUUCAACUCUUGCUGUGCUCCUAGCAGCAGCAGUAGUUAGCAGCGAGGCUUCUCCAGGCAGCUGCCUGAAACGUCACAGGAGUAAAGAGAAGCUUGUGCUGGCCGUAGAGCCGGUGCUUCCUGUAGUUUAGAUCAGGAUCGAGGGAGUCGUGUCCUCACAGGCAAUACCUUUUAAUGGAUAGUGACUGGAGCCUUUGAUUGACAGCUGUGAGGCCAAGUGCUCCAUAGUUUGGAUGUAAGAGUUGUUCUGAUGUUUAUUUGUGGUAGUCAUGUAUAUGUGUAUGUAAAUUCAUAUUUAUUAUUCCUGAUGUAAUGAUCACACACAAACUCAAUUAUGAGACUUUAUUGACUUUUGUUGUUAUAUAAUUAUUCAUUACAU